AGGGUUCACUCCAGAGUCAUAUAACUUGGUCCGGGACACAUGCUAACUGUUAGCAUGUUUAGGUCAGCAUGCUAGAAUGUAAACAUUAGCAUGCUAAUUUUUAUAGCUAAUUUUAGACUUUGUUUUCUCCAAUUCCGCAGCCAUACACCUUACAGUCAUAUAACUUUGUAUGUGAAACAUGUUAACUGUUAGCAUAUUUAUGUUAGCAUGCUAUCAUUAAAGUGCUAACUUUUUAAACUUAUUUUGCUACCAUUUACCCUAGAGUCAUAACUUGGUAUACUAACAUGCUAUCUUUAAACAAUGUGCUAUAAUUAGACAGCCAUACACCUUACAGUCAUAUAUUUGGUAAAAUCGGGUGCUGUUGAGUAUCUGUAUUCAUUCCCAGAUAUAGGGACUUUUUUUGCCGUGUUAAAUCAAAUACUGUACGGUGUUUUUUUAUUUUUUUAUUCCAUCAGGCAGUUCUGAUGAGAGCCAUGUUGGGGGCUGUCUCGACAUUUUUUUGUAAUGGAGCCUGUGGAUCCCAUCAGAAUAACGAGGAGGCAAUCCCAGCAUCGCUAAGAGACGCCACCGCCCUGUCAUAGCUCGUGUGAAUCAACAGGUGGCGGUGUGGCCUUCCUCCCAUCGCGUCAGCGCUGGCUUGGGACCGCCAUCCACUCGCCGCUCUCCUCGCACUCCCUCGCUGACGCCUCGCUCGAGCGGUCACAGCUGGCCAUUAUUUCCGCGGGAGCAUGGCAAAGUAGACCUAAUCCUCCACGAGCAAAGACCAUCCUUUGGCAAAUGGAUGCAGCAAAUAAGACGUCGGAAGAUGUCAUCUCCAUGGCGGACUCUUCCUUCACACUGGAGGACAUUGAAGGGGAGCUCCUCAAAAUCGAGAGGAUACGAAACAUCCUGGUGCGCAGAGAAUCCGAGCUGAGAUACAUGAUAGAUGACAUGGAAAUGUGUGAGGAAAUUACCAGACUGAAGCGAGAGCUGCUAGGACUGGUCUCCAUUCCAGACGGAGACAAGUCCAAGGAGGACGGCGAGAGGGAGGAGGAGCUUCUGAGGCAGAUCAACAAACUGGUGGAGACCCGAGACUUCCUGGUGGAUGAUGUGGACUUUGAGAGGCUCAGAGAAAGAGAAGAAGAUCUAGAAAUGGCCACCUUCUUGGAGUCCAAAUAUCCAAAGACUCCAGGAACAAAAGGUGUUCUGCAGGAUCAGAAGGCAGUUCCCAAAUCUCCUCAUUCGUCGCCUCCGCUGAUCACCAAGACUGGACUCACACUCCUGAAGGACUGCUGUGGUGUCACAUGCUCUGUCAUGUGACAUGUCAAUCAACACGCUCUGUCAUGU